UCAGCGCGCUCAAAAAUUUGAAUUCAAACAACUCACUCCUGUUCUUUUCUGUGUCGCUCCACCGCCAUGUUGUUGCCGGACUCGCAAGCUUCCGACCUAGAUCUGGACGAUUUCAUCGACGAAGAAUCAAUUCUACCUCCACAAUCCUUCACCAAUUCUUCUCCUCAUCAAUGUUCAAAGGGCCACCGCUCCACUCUUUCUCUUCCGACCAACCACGGCGGCGCUAUCUGCCUCCUCUGUCUUUCCAAUCUCAUCACCAACCCGCAGUCUCCUACUUACCAUGUCUCCUAUGCCCUUUCACAGCUCUCAAUCGCUCUCUCUCAUCCUUCUUUUCUCCAUUCUCUUCUCUCUUUCCAUCCUCAAUUCCUCGUCUCCCCUCUCGUCUCCGCUCUCUCCUUGUUCGACGAUGAUCCCCUCGCUCGCCAGCUCAUUGAUCUUAUCACCACUCUCUGUGGGUCCCGCGAUAGAUCUCUCUGUGAUGAGUUUGUUUUGAGAGUGGCCGAUCAUAUCUCCUCUGGAACUUUGGUGUGGAGUCGGCGGCAAGUGUAUAUGCUUCACUGCUUCGGGGCCCUCUUGAACUGUUCUAUAAAUGAUCCUUACAUUCAAAUUAAAGACAGAGAUGCUCUUUUAUCCAAUCUUGUUACAGGUCUUCAGUUGCCAAGUGAAGAAAUCCGGGGCGAGAUCUUGUUUGUUCUGUACAAACUAUCAAUCCUCCAAUGUCAGCAUGAGAAUGGUGAUGUAGUUGACUCUCUUUUUGCCUUUUGUCCUAAGCUCUUGCAUCUGUCCCUGGAAGCCCUUGUGAAGACCCAAGAUGAUACCGUCCGACUGAACUGCAUAGCAUUUUUGACAACUGUUGCUCAGAAGGGGUUUUUUGAGAAUGCAUAUGCAAAUGACACAAGCAGCAUGAGUUCUGAUGAAGCCGAUAACUUUAUGCAAACAACAGACCAUGGAGUGGAUAGUCCUCCUCUGAAUCUCUUAUUUGCUGAGGCCAUUAAAGGACCACUUCUUUCAUCAGAUAGGCAAAUCCAAAUCGGCACACUAGAUCUAAUCUUUCAUUAUUUGUCAUGUGAAGGAGCUCCAGGAAGACAGAUCCAACUUUUAGUGGAAGAAAACAUUGUGGACUAUGUUUUUGAAAUACUGAGACUGUCAGAAUGUAAGGAUUCAGUUGUCAACUCUUGCCUACGCCUUCUUGAUCUUUUCUCGAAAGUUGAGAAAGGUUUCACAGAAAGAUUGCUCAUUGGAUUUCCAAUUUUAAUUCCAAUUCUAUCUCAUGUAUCUGAAGUUCCUUUUCAUCCUGUUCAAUAUCAAACACUGAAGCUCAUAUGGAAUAGCAUUUCUGAUUUCCCUGGAAUCAUAUCUACUUCCCACAUUGAGGAACUAGUCCUUGUUUUGGCAAAGAUGUUUAAGAGGCAUACUGUUGGAGAGAUGGGCAUGUCUACAGAGACAUUCAUAACAGUCUGCUCAAUUUUUGUAGCUCUUUUAAAGUCUCCAUCAUUCCAUGGAACUUCAGAUAUAGUAUCAACAGUUAGAGAAGCAAUAACUCAUGCCAUUUUAGCUUGUUUGAAUAUCUCUGAAAAAGAUCCAAGUCAACUUUUGCAUGCUUUAUACCUGCUUAAGGAGGCAUAUGGAUGCGGCAGCGAAGAAAUAUCCAGACACAAAUCUACUAUCACAGAAUUACAAAGUUGUAUUGUGGAUAUAUGCACGUCACACAUCUUACCUUGGAUUGCAACAAUCAUCGAUGAAGUGGAUGAGGAAAUUAUCUUGGGGAUACUAGAAACUUUUCAUUCUAUACUGCUUCAGGACUCUGAUGUCCAAGCCAUACAAUUUGCACAGAUAUUGGUUAAAUCAUCUUGGUUCAGCUUAUCAUUUGGAUAUCUAGGGGUAUUCCCUACAGAAAAAAUGAAAUUAAGAGUAUAUCUAAUGCUCAGUUCACUUGUGGAUGUUCUUCUGGGAAAUGAUACUGGUCAACCCAUUAGAGAUGCUGCUUCAAAUCUUCCAACUGAUCCUAUUGAUCUGUUAUUUCUUCUUGGACAGAAGACCUCCCAAAAUCCAGCAUUGUCUAGUUGUCAAUCUGCUGUUUUGCUGAUUUUACAUACCAGUUCUUUACAUAAUGACAGGCUUGCAGAUGAGAAAUCUGUAUUAGCUUCUCUUGAACAAUAUAUUCUUGUCAACAGCAGUGAGGCCACCCAUCCAUUAACAAUGGUGCAACUAGUAAAUCUCUAUGGUCUAUAUCGGAGUUUUGCCAAGAUGAACUACCACAACUACUACAGUCCGGAAGCUGAGAAGAUCCUGUUUCACUUACUGACUGAAACUGAAUGGGAUUUGCCUUCUUCAAGAAUUCACUUGGUAUCACUAAAAUGGUUGUUUCAGCAAGAGAAACUCAAAAAGCCUUUGUCUUACCAAAUCCUAAAAUUUUGGAGGAGCAAUUGCUCAAAUGCCACCCAGAUUGUUGUUAAUGGGGAACAUAGUCAAAUUAUAAAUGAGCAAAUAAUUGCAGAAUUGGCAACAUCAGAAGACAGUUAUGUAGCAAGGCUUUUGGUAUGCCUAUUGACGCAGCAGGUAGAGGAAAUAAGCCAAGAGACCGACGUUAUAUCAAUAGUAAAUCUUUUGGCAACAAUUAUCAGCAUCUCUCCAGCUGCAUCAGAACAAUUAUGUAUGAAUGGAUUUGGCAAUGCAAUCCGAAGUAUCUACUAUAACCCUAGUUAUUUUUCUUCCCCAUCAAUGUUCAAAGCCACCUCGCUUUUAGUGUUUACUGUUCUACGUUCAGUACACCCUGAAGCACUUUGCGAUGAUGAGGCUUGGCUUGCAGUGACCAUGAAGCUGAUGGAAUUCCUCAACCUAACCAUUGAUGCAAAAAGGUGGUCUACGGAAGGUCUACAAGUAAUUGCCUGUUUGUCCUUGAUUUUGCACCAAUCUACCAGCAAAGUGUUGUUAGGAGCUUCAAAAGCCAUCAUCUUUAAUACUUCUCUGGCAUCUAUGAUAAACAACAUCAUCCAUGAGGCCUGUUCAAAGGGACCUGCUUUGCUUGAUUUCAAUGAAGGAACAAGCAUUGGUGAAGCACUGAUAUUUGUGCUUUUACUGUUGUGCUUCUCUUUAAGAUGUUUGCAAGUUCUCCUCCCUGGGGCAGUGGAUUGGCAAAUUCUACUUGAUCCAUCUAAUGGGGAACAGCCAUUUUCAAUUCUCAGCAUCAACUGCCAUGACUUGUGUAGGCUGAUGCAUUUCGGUUCUCCUCUAGUAAAACUUGUUGCAUCAUAUUGCUUGUUGGAGUUCAUUACAAGAAUAUCAGAACAGAUAAACAGAACAAAAGAGGAACUAAAAUGUUCAAUCGGUUACCUAAUGUCCAUGAUAGCUAUAUUAGAAGGCCUAAUAUUUUACAGUGACAUCCAAGUGGCCAUAAACUGCAGCCUAUGCCUAUCAACAAUCUCAAGAUGGGAAAAGCUGAACAUGAAGGAGACGAGGGUUACUGCAGAUAAUACCUGGUGCAGGCUGAUUGUAGAAGAGAUGGCACUUUCUUUGGCUGCUCCAUGCUUACCAUCAAAGUCAUUCGCUAAUUAUCACAAGCCUGCAGUUCAUGUAGCAGUCUCAUUGCUAAAACUUCAAAAACGUCCCCAGUGGAUGAGCACUGUGUUUGAUGAUCCCUGCAUUUCUGGUAUAAUUAAAAACCUUGCAGCCAGUAACGUUAGCAUUGAGAUGGUGCUUUUAUUUCGACAGCUGGUAAAAUCUGAGUUCUUAAAGGCAGACCAAAUUGCUUGUUUAAAUAGGGUACUUCAGGAAUGCAGGAAGCAUAUAUCCACUGGAGAUGUUCAAAAUAACAGUACAGAAGAGCAUACGGAGAAAAGGGUGCCCAUAACAGAUGAAUUAGGAGAAGUUUGUGAGUAUCUCAUUCACUUGAUAUCAUCUGACAUGCAUCUAGAUGAUGAUUCCGUCAGUUUAGGAACUGGGAAAAAGAGAUUGUUAGAAGAAAUAGAAAUGUUCUUUAGGACUUUGACAGUACAAGAUGACAACUAAAGGAAUCCAUGCAUCAACAGUGCUUUUAAUCAUUUUUUUAAGUUACUAUUCAAAUUGGUAGCUGUUAUCUGUAGUUCUGUACAUCUUGAGGAUUACGCUUUGUACAGCUUCGGCCUCUGAAAAAUCCCUGGGUUCUGGAAAGGCCUUGGACUGUUUCUUGGAAUGCUAGUAUAGCUUUGCUAUAAACUGUACAAGGUUGACAAAGGUCGGCAUAUUAAUAUUAGUUUUUGUUUGUAGCUUCCUAAUGCAACUCAGUCAUUUUUUUUUUUGACUCGGUAGUCAUUCAGCUAAGCAAUACUGUUGGUCCAUUUCAUUAAUUGUAGUUUAGUUUGUUAAGUAUGUUGAAACUGUUACUUCUUUAUUGAAUAUAAAUACACGUUUGGGAUUUGAAUAGAA